AUGACCCCACUAUCCUUAUCUGAACUGACCAAGUCUCGCGACGCCACUCUUCCCCGCAUUCUCAUCCUUGCUCUUUUGCACAUUAGCUUGACUCGGCCCUGUAGAGAUUACCCUGCACCUCAGCCAGUUUCUCCUGGACGCGGGUUUCACUCGGCUGCAGGCCUGGACGAGCCCCCCAAGAGGGAGUUGGUCCGAUACCUCGAUGCGGAGCACAAGGGCCUUCCCCUUCCCGUGCUUCCCCGAUGCAUCUUUGCCAUUUGGUACAUCAAGCGCACUCCUCGUCUGUUCGAGGCUGUGAUUGAUGUCACCAAUGGCAAGAUUGUCCAGCAUCAGGAACUCCUUCGAGACUUCCAUGGUCCCGUCGACCGCACUGAGCUCAGCGAGGCGGCUAACGUGGUUAUGGCCCACCCCGACGUCGACAAGGAGUUGGCCCGUCUCGGCCUUGACAAGUCUCGGAUUGUCCUUGACCCUUGGGACUAUGGUGUGGAUGGUACUGAUACCCAGGCUCGCAUGACCCAGCACUCCGACUCUUGUGAGCAUGUUCUAACACACGUCAAGGUCUUCCUUUACAAGAAGAAUCCCAAGAACAAUGAUGUCGACUCCUCUCACUACUCUUUCCCCCUGGACUUCAUGGUCACCGUCGACCUUUGUGCCAUGAAGGCCAGGAAGAUCAUUCGCCUUCCUCUCGGUUCAGAUGAGAGUGUCACUCAAGGAAACGUUGGCCAGCCGGACUCUGAUCCCGCUGAGCCCGAGUAUGACAUCCUCUUCAGAAGAACCCUCCUCUGGCGAUUCCGAGUUGGCUUCAACUGGCGAGAGGGUAUCACCAUCCAUGAUGUCCACUUCAUGGAUCGCAGCGCCUUCUACCGCCUAUCUCUCUCCGAGAUGUUUGUUGCUUAUGGCGACCCUCGAAGCCCCAUUUACCGAAAGGGUGCCUUUGACCUGGGUAACGUCGGUGCUGGUGUCACCGCCAACAACCUUCAGCUUGGCUGCGACUGCCUUGGUGUCAUCAAGUAUGUCGACGGCUGCGUUGUCGCUGCUGACGGAACCCCUGCUCCCCGUCCCAACGCCAUCUGCAUUCAUGAGGUCGACCAAGGCAUCCAGUGGAAGCACACCAACCACCGAACCGGCAAGGCCGUCGUCGUCCGUAAGCGACAGCUCGUCAUCCAGCAGAUCAUCACUGUUGCCAACUACGAGUACAUCUUUGCCUGGAUCUUCGACCAGAACGGAGAGAUCUCUUUCGAGACCCGCGCCACUGGUAUCCUCUCCACCAAGCCCAUUGACAAGGAGUCCAAGGUUCCUUGGGGAACCCGCGUCGCCGAUGGUGUCAUGGCUCCUUACCACCAGCACCUGUUCAACGUCCGUAUCGACCCCGCUGUCGAUGGCCACCAGAACUCUUUCGUCUACUCCGACUCUGUUCAGAUGCCUUGGGACGAGAAGUUGAACCCUCUGGGUACAGGCUACGUCAGCAAGGAGGCCACUGUCACCCGCGCUGGUGCUGUUGAGGACAGCCUUGCCGACGGUCGUGUCUUCAAGAUUGUCAACCCUAACGUGGAGAACAGGGUCUCCUUGACCCCCACUGGCUACAAGCUUGUGCCCAUCCGCUCUCAGAUGCUUCUCGCCCAGCCUGGUUCCUGGCACUGGCGACGAUCUGAGUUCUGCGAGUCCCCCAUCUGGACCAACCAGUCCAUCGGUCGACAGGGCAUCAAGACCUGGGUCAAGGACCGAGACUACGUUGUCAACGACGACAUUGUCAUCUGGCACACAUUCAGAUUCACCCACAACCCCCGAGUUGAGGACUUCCCUGUCAUGCCCGCUGAGAUUGCCGCUUUCCACCUAAAGCCAUACAACUUCUGCGAGUACAACCCCACCAACGAUGUGCCACCCUCGAACCAGGAGUUCAAUAAGAGCACCAGCUACGAGGAUGCGAACAAGGGCUCUUGCUGCACCACCAAGGGCCGAUUGUAA